AUGAUGCAUCCAUUUUUAUGGUUUAAUGAAAAUAAUGGCGGAACAUAUUUAUUAACUGUAGUGACUAUUUCAUCAAUAGUUUGUUUCGUUCUUGGUUUUAUAACACAAAAUCAUUCACAAGUUGAUAAAUUAUGGAGUCUUCUACCGCCCAUCUAUUGUCUUAUUGUCGUUUUAAGUUCACCACUUCAACCUCGUCUACUUUUAAUGAAUGCACUUGCUUGGAUGUGGGGUAUUCGUUUAUCAUAUAAUUUUGCACGAAAAGAUGGUUAUACAUGGUCAGGAGAAGAUUAUCGUUGGCCUAUAUUAAGAAAAAAAAUUAAUAAUCGUUUUUUAUUCGAAUUAUUUAAUUUAACAUUUAUAUCCAUAUUUCAAAAUAUUCUUUUAUUAUUUAUUGCUUGUCCUAUUUAUUAUAUAGCAUCGCAUCGAACAGCACCAUUAAAUUCAUGGGAUCUCGUUUGUACGUUAGCUUUUCUAUUCUUAUUUACUAUUGAAGUAACUGCUGAUCAACAACAAUGGAAUUUUCAUGGCGAUAAAAAAGCAAAUAAACCAUGGACAAAAGAUGGUUUUCUUCAACAAGGACUUUUUAAAUAUUCUCGACAUCCAAAUUUUUUCUCGGAAAUAUGUCUUUGGUGGGUUUUUUAUGCAUUCACAUUUUCCGUUCAACCAUUUUCAUAUAUUAAUUGGACAAUAUUAGGAACUUUAUCAUUAACAUUAUUAAUAAAUGGUUCAACAACAUUUACAGAAGCAAUUACAUCGGAAAAAUAUCCUAAAUAUAAACAAUAUCAAAAAACAACAUCACGACUUAUACCAUGGUUGCCUUCCAAGAAAGUUCACUAA